ACUUCCUCGUGAAACUGUUGGCCGAGGGGGGCAGGUGGUUAGUUCGAUUACACACACACCAACACACACACACGCUCACUCCAAAGACACAAUGCCAGAUUAAUAGAAGAGUAAGUUAAUCUCUCCUGGGUGACCCUCAAUGUCGGGGAGACAGUCAAAAAGUCAUCAAGAAGGAGAACCGGAGAACCUCGUACCAAAAGCAGAGAGAGAGACAGAAAGAGAUAAAGGAAGAUGUGUACGGCGACAGAGAGAAUGAGCGGAAGCAGAAAAGAGCUGUAAGCAAGUCAAGAGAGAGAGAGACAAGUAGAGCUAGAAAGACGGGGAGAGUUUGGUGGAUUACUUUGCAUCUGAGUCACUGGUCGCCUGGAAGAACCACAAGUAGCUCUUUCUACCACCUCAGCCCAGGACCGGGACACCUCGGCUAGGGAAGAAACAUCUGAAGAAUAAUAAUUUCGUGGCCUCCAACAGCAUCUUUGAGUCACUGUCUUCCUACCAGUCAGCUGUUAGACGAGUCCUGUUCAAUGGAGUUAGCAGGCCAGCUGAUUGGUUACACACCGCCACUUCCUGUUCCUGUCUCCAGCUUACAAGAUAAGGAAAUACUAGAUGUCACACAACGUCAGGCUGUUGCUGCUUCUGCCCCCAGGAUUGAAGCAUGAACCCGGGGACGUUCUCCGGCUCCGGGCCCCUGUCCUGGGCCAUGUACCUGAUGAGGAAGGGCCGCUCCGGCAGCGCUCUCUUUGAACCAGCCCCGGGCCGGCGCUACACCUCCCCCUCCACCACCCUGGCCUCGGGGGGAAAGAUGGCCGAGGCCCUGCCGCUGGGCACCCAGGAGGCUGGGGGGGCCGCUCUGGUGGGCAAGCUGCGCAUGGCGGACCGCGGCAUGGUGGAGGUGAUCUCCGACCAUCCAGGUGAGCUGGUGAAGACCGACAGCCCCAACUUCCUGUGCUCGGUGCUGCCCACCCACUGGAGGUGCAACAAGACGCUGCCCAUUGCCUUCAAGGUGGUUGCCCUGGGCGACACCCCGGAUGGCACCCUGGUGACGGUGAUGGCAGGAAACGAUGAGAACUUCUCCGCUGAGCUCCGCAACGCCACCGCCGCCAUCAAGAACCAGGUGGCCAGGUUCAACGACCUGCGCUUCGUGGGCCGCAGUGGAAGAGGGAAGAGCUUCACCCUCACCAUCACGGUGUUCACCAACCCUCCUCAGGUGGCCACGUACCAGAGAGCCAUUAAGAUCACAGUGGACGGCCCUCGAGAGCCACGGCGCCAUCGGCAGAAGAUGGACGAAGUCAAAGCUGGCUCCCUGGCUUUCUCCGAGAGGCUGACAGAGCUGGAGCAGCUGAGGCGGAGCUCGAUGAGGGUGACGCCUCCUCACCACCAUCAUCAUCCUCAUCAUCAUCAUCAUCCACACUCCGCCAGCAGCCGCCAAUCUGCAGCGCUCAACUCGGCCACCUUCUCCAGCCCGACACACGCUCAGAUAACUGCUGACUCCAGACAGAUGCAGCCGUCUCCGUCUUGGUCCUACGACCAAUCGUACCCCUACCUCGGCCAGAUAACCACGCCCAGCGUCCACACGGCCAAUCCCCUUUCACCUGGUCGGCCAUCGCUCAGCGACUUGUCCUCACGACUCACAGGUCCUGACCUCACAGCCUUCGGCGACCCCAGGAUGACCUUAGAACGACCUUUCACCUCCCUUCCCUCCUUGCCUGACUCUCGCUUCUCCGACCCCCGGGUCCACUACCCUUCUUCAGCGGCCGCCUUCACCUACACCCCCUCUCACAACGCCGUAUCUAACGGCGCCCUCGGCAUCACCAUGGCAACAGCCAUGGCGACCGCUCCGACGGGGAGGUAUCACACCUACCUGCCUCCACCCUACCCGGCGAACGCCCCGCACCAGGCUCAGAACGGGCCCUUUCAGUCCACCUCCUCGCCGUACCACCUGUACUACUCCACCGCCGCCGGCUCGUACCAGUUCUCCAUGAUGGCCGGGGGAGGCGGCGGCGGUGACUCGCGCUCCCCUCCGAGGAUCCUGCCGCCGUGCACCAACGCCUCCACAGGCUCCUCCCUCCUGCACCCCUCUUUGCCCAAUCAGAAUGAAGGCGUGGGCGUAGAGGUGGAGUCGAGCCACAGCAGCUCCCCGACAAACAUGGCCGCUGCCGAAGCGGUCUGGAGACCUUACUGAACUCGGGUAGGCGGUUUAUGGCGACCGCCUGGUCAUGUGAUGACAGACAGCGGACAUCACUGAACACAUAAACACGUAAAUCACUGUAAACCUUUCAAAACAACUCAUUAUUAUGACAAAAAAGGCUCAUUCAUUUCCCAGGACUAGUUUUUAUCAAACAUUACUCAAACAGGAGGAAGUAAGACUUUUCUUCAGGACUAUUUCCAGCGGCGGAUGAAUCUGGUGCUCCACUGAGUGUUGAGGCAGCGUGUCAGUGUUCAGUCUGAUGAAGGAAGACGUGUUUAAUGGAGCUCUAUGCGAAGAGGAAGAGGAGAUACACACAUGUUAAAUGUCAGCUGACUUAUAUUAGACCACUGAAUUGUAUUUAUCAUGUCAUAUUUGGACAAACAGCACCCAGUACUGAACCGUUACUGGACCAGGAGCCAGUUUGAACCGGUCUACUGACACAUGACUGACAGCAGACCUGAACCCGACCUCCCAGUGUCUCUCAGGACCGAGAACCGGAUUGGAGAGGAGAUGUGAUGUGGGCGGGGUUAACGUGCAUGCAGCAGGACUGAUGUCAGCUUCCUUUGUAAAAUAACCCCCUCCUCCUCAUGAAUGUUGUUGUUGUUGUUGUUGUUGUUGUUGUUGUUGUGUACAGAUCACUUUGCUCAUGCCUGUUUGUUUACCUUCAUCUUUCUAUCACUCUUCCUCCCCCAUGACUAACACUCCUCUGAGCCCGUCGUGUCCUGAAGAAAAGAAACAUGAUCAAUUCAUAUGAUUUCAUAUUUCAUAUUUAUUAUCGACUGAAUUCUGAGAUAUUUUGACCGUUACAGCAUGGAGUUUGUAAAAGGCUUUAAUUUAUUUAAUACCAUCUUGGUAGCAUUUCACGUGUGUCUGUGUGUGUGUGUGUGUGUGUGUGUGUGUGUGUGUGUGUGUCUGUGUGUGUGUGUGUGUG